AGGAGCGCGAGGGGGGUUCGGGUGCAAAGUUUAGUUUCAAACCGUCUGCAAAGAGCGGCGGUGCUGCUGCUGGGGGUUGGAUCGCGGAGCAGAGACAACUGGGCAGCGAGGAGCCGGAGCCGCAGCGCUACCUCAGUGGAUCCUCCUUGUCGUCGCCGGCCGCCUCUCGCUGCCUUCGCUGCCGGUGCAGAGCGCCCCUCGCCAGGAUGGGCGUGGAGGCACCGGGGGAGCCGCCGGCUCCGGCCCGCCGUCGCCGCGGCUGCCGGCGGGCGCGGCUGCUGUGCAUGCUGGCGCUGACCGCCUUCUUCUUCGUGGUGGAGGUGGUGGUGAGCCGCUUGACGGCCUCGCUGGCCAUGCUGUCGGACUCCUUCCACAUGCUGUCGGACGUGAUGGCGCUGGUGGUAGCUCUGGUGGCCGUGCGCUUCGCCCAGCGCACCCGGGCCACCAAGAAGAACACCUUCGGGUGGGUGCGGGCCGAGGUGAUGGGCGCCCUGGUCAACGCCGUCUUCCUCACCGCGCUCUGCUUCACCAUCCUGCUGGAGGCCAUCGAGCGCUUCACCGAGCCCCACGAGAUCCAGCAGCCCUUAGUGGUCAUCGGCGUCGGGGUCGCGGGGCUGCUGGUCAACCUCCUGGGGCUUUGCCUCUUCCACCAGCACGGGUCCGGCCACGGACACUCGCACGGGGGCAGCGGAGGGAGCCGCCGGGUCAAGGCGGAGCCGGGAGACCCGCUCAAAGAGGAGACCAACACGCUGGUGGAGAACUGCGGCAGCUCCAAUGGACUCAGCCUGGAGAAACUAGGUGAUAUGGCGAAAGAAAGUCAAGUGGAACUUCACCCAAAUGGGCAUAUUAGUCAGCGCUCUUUAGACAUGGAUGUUGAAGUAGACCACAGUGCCCAGCUAAACAUGCGUGGAGUGUUUCUGCAUGUUCUUGGAGAUGCCUUGGGAUCUGUUAUUGUUGUGGUGAACGCCUUAGUAUUUUAUGCUUACUGGAGUCCAUGCCCCAAAGAUGAGCCUUGUGUUAACCCAUGUAUUCAUGACCAUUGUUCAGAAAACAUUACUCAGCUUUCUAGCAGAAUGAAUAUGAAUGCAACUGAUUUAGAGACAGUUUAUGAAGCUGGGCCCUGCUGGGUUCUAUAUUUGGAUCCCUCACUGUGUCUGAUAAUGGUUUGCAUUUUGCUUUAUACAACAUACCCAUUGCUUAAAGAAUCAGCCCUUAUCCUUUUGCAAACUGUUCCUAAGCAAAUUGAUAUUCGCUCUUUAAAUGAGAAACUCCGUAAACUUGAUGGAGUUGAAGCUGUGCAUGAAUUGCAUGUUUGGCAACUGGCUGGAAGCAGGAUCAUCGGCACUGCUCAUAUCAAAUGUCUGGAUCCAGAAUCGUACAUGAAAGUAGCGAAGCAAAUUAAGGAAAUCUUUCAUGAUGAAGGGAUACACGCAACAACUGUUCAGCCUGAAUUUGCCAUUGUUGGCUCUGAAGUGGGUGUAGGCAAAUGUGAACUUCCUUGCAGAACCCAGUGUGCUCUGAAGCAGUGUUGUGGGGCUGCAGAAAAACCUGCUCAAAAGAAGACAGAUAAAUCUCCUGCUAUUAGUAUUUCUUGCUCUGAAAUAGUAAUUGACUCUCCACACCACAAAACCCGGAGGACUAAAUCUGAGUGUAUACCUUCUGUAAAGUUAGAGGCAGAGCCUGACCCUAACAAACAAUUUGAAUCCUCUUUGUAACUUAUAAAAUUGUAUGGAGUGAAAUCUGGGUUCAACCACAGGUUGAUUGUGAGAAGUGAGACUGUUGUUGAAAAGACGAGUUGCAAAGUAAUGUAAUUGCUGAAGUCCCUGUUCUUGUCAUAAUGCUUAAAUCUAGGCUGCCUAUUUGAAAGAACAUCAUGGUGCCGUCCUGACAUAGUGUGUUCAUGUUCAUUUUUAGAUGACUAGCACAAAAAUUCCAUAAUACUGCAAUGAUUCUGGAAAACCAAUUUCAACACUUCAGGAUGCAUUUUGUUCAGUUAACAUUAAAAUGUGCACAGAUACAUACCAGUCCUAAAAAGUGGAAUUUGUGUUGGGCUGCUUAUUUGGUUGGGCCUAUGGAUCUGUUCUUCUAAUGGAGACACACUUCUCCCCAAUGGAAGAUUCCCGGGUGAAAGUUCUGCCAUCAGUGGAACAGGUCCAACCCAUAAUUUUUAUGUGUAUAUUUUACAAACCUUGAGGAGAAGAAACCAAAGGCAAAACUAUAUAGCUUUUGUAGAAAAAAAUAGAACUUAGGGAAUCUUAGAUCUUUUGUUCUAUUAAAUGAGAAAGUGAACAUUAUCAUACACAGGCCUACUGCACAUAUCAGUUGUUGCAUCUUAAAGCAUAUCCAGUGCUUGUAUGAAGAAACUUCCCUUUCGGUACUGAGCCAGUUGGGUAACAAGAUUGGCUCUCCUGAAAUUUAGUUGUUACCAAAAAACAAAACAGCAAUAAAAAAGGUAACUGGUUGGGUUUAUUUUGAGUAUCCCAUGCAGCACAAGGUUAAUUAUUCAGACUGAAUUUAAAUAUAUCCUUUUAGGGGCUUGUCUGUGCCCCCCCCCCCCCGCCCCUUUCCGCCUCCGGUUUCUCAUAUGUUGUUUUAUUCAAAGGAAAAAAAAAACUUCAUUAAGUUUGUGUAGGUUUUAGAAUGUAAUAGAACUUUUGUAAACUUAAAUGAAGUUAUGCUGGAAUUAGAGAUCCAGAGCUGGUCUCUGUUUUACUAGAGUCAUCUGUGGUUUGCUGAAAUGGGUCUGUUGCAAACUGGAUUACAUUGUUUUCUGGGGUUUUAAAAAAGUAACCCCCUAUUCUUUUUAAAAACCUCAGAUAGCAACUAAAUGUAGUAGAUAGAACUAAGCAGAGCAAAUUUAAAAACUAGUAUUUCUUUACAAGUUGUUCCUCUCUGUCCAGUAAACUAAAGUUAAUAUGCCAUUGAUAUACUUCAUUGUAGCAAAACACAGGGUAUAUGCCUCUGAAAUAGCAACGAAUUUUACCCACGACAACUUUUAUCUAGUGAACGCCUGGGCUUCUACUAGGUCUUCAAGACCUAAAGAUGGAGACUUUUUGGCAAGUGAGAGAAAUGGCUUUUGCCAGUUAAUUGUUGCUGUGAAUUUAAGUAAGUGGCUUGAAUACAAUCCACAAGCUUCAUAAAGUAAAAAUAUGUAAGUCACAUUAAUUCUCUAUGGAUGAAUCAGGUGCUGGGUGCAAACAGUACUAUCUGAAAGAUUCUUGGAUCACACAGCCAGCAUUUUCCCUCACCUCAUUUAUUCUGUUCUUAUAAAAAUAGGGAUAAUUCCUCCGGCACAAAGACAGUAAUGCUAAUUAGUUCUAAGGCAUUUUGAGAUUCCUUACUGUAAGGCAUUGUAGAAUUGGCAGAAUUUAUCUUGGUCCACAGAACCAUUAUUCAAAUAAGCAGAAGAUCACUAUAGUAGUAGGUACUGCAAGGGGAAUGAAGACAUUUUUGGGCCUUACUCUUAUUUGCUACAGUACUUUCAACAUUUUUGCAGUAUAUAGGUGUAGGGGUUUUUUUUGCCUCUGAUGCAUGAUUUGAUGGUAGAAGUUAAAUUUUGUUCACUCAAUUAUUUAAAAAGUCACUAAUUUGCACUUCUUUUGAUUGGAAUUUUUUAAGUGGGGGUCUUCACCUCACCCCCUACUGCUCAGUAAUGUUGAGGUCAAGCUUUGUUGUGGGGGAGGGAAGAACUAUGCCACGCUUGAUGCGCUACAAAUUAUUAUAAAACUGUACUUGUAAAAAUGAUCAAGUACAUUUAGCAAUGCCUUCUGUUCCUUUGGUUAUACAUGUCACCUGUUAAUAAUCUCAGUUUGUGUCUCACUCAUUACUUUAAGUAUGCAAUAACCAUUUUGUCGGUUUCUUGUGCAACUGGGUGCAUGCUGCAAAAUAGUUCUCAAAGUUUCCAUGUGUUGACAUGGUUACAGCACUGGCAUAGCUGUUUCACUGCAAAUAUUGACUGGUAGCAAAAGCCAAUAUAAUGCAGAUUUUAGGUCUUAUAGCUAAAGCUUCUGGUCUCUUCUGUGCUUCAAGAAUUGGCUGGCUGCCAUUUUUUUGGAAGGUUGCAACAUCUCCCACAGUCUUAGACUAUGAUAUGACUUCCAGAUCAAGACACUUGUGUUUUAACUCUACCUUUGCUGUAGCAUACUUAAUGCUUGAUUUUGGCUAAAUGGUAUAUUUUUUGGUAACAGCUUCCUAACAAGUAGCUCUUUUAAACAACAACCCUGCUGCAUCUCUUUCCAAAGCACAAACUUUGACUCUCAUAUAUUAAGGGAGAAUAGCAACUAAAGAUGUAUCAGGUACAAAUCUGAUUUUUACAACAAAUUAUGCAACAGCUUGUUUAACAUUCAUUUUUUGCUUUUGCAGACAAGAUUUUGGAAACAGGUGAUUUGGUACAUUCUUUGGAACAAAACUGAAUUCUUUAAACAUUUCCAGCUGUGGAUUGAUCUUGUACUUGAUUAUCAGUUGUACUUGAUUACAUGUGAAAAUAUUGCAACGCCGUAUUCCAAACUAUUACACAAGUUCAUGCUUUCCCCUAAAUUCUCAAAUUGUGAACACUGUGUGCUCAGCAUGUGUAUUUGUAGUGAGCUGCUGCAAAGUGCAAGAUAGCUGUGCACAUUUAUUUUGCUGGAUGUUCACAGUAAAAAUGGCAGUGUAGCUGUCUGAGAUGUGUUGCAGUGAAUUCAUAGCCAAAUGUAUGUAAUCUCCUUACACGUUACGUGUUUCACUGUGAAAACAGACUGCAGAGCACAUGUUUGUAUUCACUGGUUACUUACGAAAUAAUUCAAUGGGCUGGCUACUUCUUGCAUUACCAAGUGCUUGGAAACUAGCCAAAGGAUGAGACCUUUGCAAAAUGGAGUGCUUAAAAAUGUUUUAAUCAUUUUACAACCCAGGAAGUAGUGGUCAAGAAUGUCCCUGGUUUCUGCUAUAAGAAUUUUCCUUGUUUCUGUUUUUAGUCUCCCUCCCCAGCUCCUGAUGUAUACAAAUGAAGUUGUGAUUCAACUGUUCUUAAGAUCAAGCCAUCAGUGACAGCACUGGCAUGGACUCCUCUGGGUUAAUGGGAAUCUGUUUCUGAAUAGAAUGCACUUUGACUUCUCUUUUGCGGGGAGGAAAUCAUCUUCACACUGCAACUCUUCCCCGUGCCCCUGUGAUGUUUAAGUUUCUUGUGAAGAAAGUAUUAAUAUUUAAGGUAUUAACUACAAUAUUUAAAUAUACUGCUUUAAUUUCUUAACAGCAUCAGUGUAGCCUUCUGGGACUCUGGCUUUUAUGUUUACAGAAGAAUAAUUGAAUAUUUCAAUAAACCUUCUAUAUUUGGUUCUUACUCGCACCAUUGCACCACCUUUUGGUGGACUGGAAGGUACUCAUGCUUUGUGUGCCUGAGAUGAGAACAUUCUUGAGGGGGGUUUUUUUGUAAGCCAAAUACAGCCUUACUUUAUAACAAGAGCUUUGAUUCCUCUGUGUGAUCUUUGGUUUGUGUCAUUAAAAUGCUUGUGUGAAGAACACUUCCAUGUCUUAUAAAUUUGUGAGCCUGGUUUUUUUACCUCUUACUGUAUGUGUAUUUAUGUGUUCUUGAACUGUAGUCUCGAAACUCAUAUGCCUUGUGGUAGCUAGAGAGGUAUGUCCUCUUGCAUUAUAUGGGUUCUGUUUGAAACAACUUUUAGGAAGAUGUAAUUGGCAUGUCUGUCUGCCUACAUCUUACCAGUGACAAUGGGAUUUCUGUUAAGCUAGUGAUGCUGCUGUGUUUCUUUGCAUAAACUCAAGACUGAGAAUGAAAUAAAUAUGGCUAUAUAAAACAUAAAA